CCGCCCUGUGCGGCUAAAUGGGAUCCUUGGUGAGUCGGUUGUCCUUCCUCACAACGCUGCACCUGGAUUCAAACGCAUCACAUGGUUCCCCCCCAAUCCUCUCCACAAUGCAUCCGGCACAGCGGUGCCCUUGGCAGUCAUCAUGCCGCGGAGGCCUGGAGAGCUGCCCCACAUCUCCGUGCCAGACCAGAGGUACAGAGGUAAAGUGAGACUCUUUGACCAGAACUACUCCCUGGAAAUCAGCACCCUGACGAUGCAAGAUGCGGGCGAAUACCGGCUGAGAGAAAACAGAAAGGGAAUUAAUAUAUACGAGUGUUCCUACUUGCUGAAUCUGUACGUGCGUCUGCCAGAGCUGGAGAUCAGCACCCGCCUGACCAGGGAGGUGGACGGCACCUGCAAUGUGACAUUCACCUGCCGCGCUGGGGAGCCCGACCCGCACACCACGUAUACCUGGGCCCACCUAGGAGGAGGUGCCGUGGUCACCCCCGGGAAAUCCCUGCUCGUGCAGCACCAGCCUGGAGAUGAGGACUCACCUGUCACCUGCACGGCCACAAACCCCGUCAGCAACAGCUCGGCCACAGCCUCCCCCAAGGCAGCUUGUGAAGGCACCGCCCUGGCCCCAUCACUGUCCUAUUGCCGUACCAAGGGGCUCAUCCUGCUGGGGGUGCUGGUCCCCGGGAUCCUGGCCAUGCACAUGCUCACCAGGAGGAAGCCGAGACAUGCUCAUCAUGAGGAGUCCACCUCAGGAAGGGGGCCAAGAUGAGGGCAGGGGGUUUGCUGGGAGUGCGGGACACACCUCUCUCAAGUCAGUGCUUUUCUCAGCU